CCACAAUAAAACAUAUCUUACCUCUGAUCCACAAAGACAAAAGAGAGACAAGAAAACCAAGCAAACUGGGAGCACUCGCAUGAUGAAAUUUUAUCUACCUUUGUAGUCAAAUUCCUCUGGCUGGGAUUCUUUAGAGUAUCAGCUGUUAGAUUUGUGUUUAAUUUUUAACCAUUAGUAAAAUAUUUUAAAGUGCACUUAGAAAUAAAGUACAGGAGCCUCAACUAUUGACUGAUAAAUCUGAUCUCUCCAAAGGAUCCCGCCCCGGCUUGACUGGUUUUAUCGUAAGAGCAUGAUGAGAUAACAGAAGUAAAGCCCUUGAAGUGAAUGAUUGAAAGGAAGCACUUGUUAAGGAGACACAUUUCUUUUAUUUGGCCAGAGGAGUCUGAUCGAAACACUUGCACUGAUUUCUCCUGAUUGCAGGCAUUGUGUACUAUGUAGUAUUUAUUAUUUAUUAUUAUCAUUGUGAAGGACAGAUGAUUUUGUGUACAACGUACACAUGGAAAGCCCUCCUAUCCGUGCGGUGCCCGCUCCACGCUCACCCGCGUCCCAAGCUCCUUUUCCACCCUUCGCCUUGAGAAUUUUCCAAGGGUUUGGCAGAGGCUCUUGCGACAGUGUCGCUCGAUCGGUGCCGUUUCACUUACGGCCGCAGCCCCGUUUCCGGCAGCGCGGGCGGUUUCCCCGGCGAGGGCGGUGCGCACGUGCAGGAGGGAGUAGAGGAUGUCUUUUCGUGGCAGAGGAGGUGGAGGAGGAAGAGGAGGUGGAGGCUUCGGCCGUGGAGGAGGCGGUGGUGACAGAGGUGGCUUUAAUCGAGGCGGACGAGGUGGCUUUGGACGGGGAGGCGGAAGAGGAGGCUUCAACAGAGGCGGAUACGACCAGGGCCCUCCCGAAAGGGUAGUUUUGUUGGGAGAGUUCAUGCACCCCUGUGAAGACGACAUUGUUUGCAAAUGCAAAACAGAAGAAAACAAGGUGCCUUAUUUCAAUGCACCAGUGUACUUGGACAAUAAAGAACAGAUUGGCAAAGUGGAUGAGAUCUUUGGACAGCUGAGAGAUUUUUAUUUUUCAGUGAAACUGUCUGAGAACAUGAAAGCUUCUUCAUUUAAAAAAAUGCAAAAGUUUUACAUUGAUCCAGCAAAGCUACUGCCUCUUCAGAGAUUCUUGCCAAGGCCCCCUGGAGAAAAAGGUGCUCCCAGAGGAGGUGGUAGGGGAGGACGUGGUGGUGGACGUGGGGGAGGAAGAGGUGGUGGUAGAGGAGGAUUUGGAGGAGGACGAGGUGGAGGAAGAGGAGGAGGAGGAGGAGGAUUCAGAGGAGGCAGAGGUGGAGGAGGAGGAUUCAGAGGAGGCAGAGGUGGAGGAGGAGGCUUUCGGGGAAGAGGACAUUAAAAGCGGAGCCAUGAGUAUCUCCCCGCUGUCUUACCAUGUCAUCUACAGAAGGGAAGAACCAGCAAAAAUUUUGUAAAGGACUCUGAAAAAGUUAUUUUUAUAAAGAACUUGAAGCUGUAAGAUGAUGAAUAUUUUUACAGCUAAUGACUAGUGAUCAACGCAUGAGGAGUGUAGCCCCAGAUGAAGAGCUGAAGACCACUCAGAAUGUACGGACACUUUGCUAACUAAGCCAGGAUUCAAUGUUAUUCUUAAACUGUUUGUUUCUGACAAGCAGCAGCCAAUGCUUGACUUCGUGAUGGAAUUUGGUGUAAACAGUCAAUUGAAAUGGGUCACUACAUUCACAUUCAUCAGUGUGAACCUGUUACCUGUGCGUGACUGAUCCCUGGUUCUCAUCCUCCUUUUACGUAGAAUCUUCUGGGUUGCUCUGAAAUGGACGUGCUGUUUUAAACAACCUUUGUGAACCUUUUUUUAUAAACUAAACUUAAAUAUUUUGUGUUGAUAGAUUUUUUAAAAAAUACAUAAUGUAUAAAAGAAAAGGAAGAUAGUAAAGUAUAUUUUGUGAAUUUUUCUAUAUAAAUCUCAAUGAAAGCCAAAAGCAUUAAGACACGUUCUUGUUAGCAGCUGCUGUCUAAUGAACAGGACAGGCUAGUACUAUACUUGAGUCACCUAAUUGUAUAUUAAAACGCUAAGGGUUUUUAACUGUCCCUGCAUACUCCCUUAGCUUGUUUCUUUUGAGGUUUUUAUAUCCUGGCACUGCACCUCUGUGGUGCUCUGAGCUUGUGUAGGGCUAAGAUUAAAUAGCCCAUCAUUGGGCUCCUCUGCACACAGCACUUCUGGUUAUGUAUUGCUUAAAAAAACAGUAUGUAUUGCAAUAUGCAAUUAUGUAUUGCUUAAAAAAGGCAUGAAAAAGUUGGCACGAGUCUUUGGACUCUUUAAAUGGAUGCAUUAUGAGGAUUUUUGAAAAGCUAGUGACUGUCUCUCCUUAUGAACAGAGGAGACCAGGGUACCUCUCUACUCUUGGACUUCAGAAACAAAGUAAGGGGUAGAAAGUAGAAUCUCUCUGAACUUCAUCCGAAGCCAGAAGUCUCUUCACAGACUCUCCUACCAAGCACUUUUGAAAAGGGAUCUAGAGAAUAAUGUACGUGCAAGUAUUCUGAACAUCUUUUUCCAUGUGAAAAGAAAUACAUUUCAGGAUUGAUCGUACUGUUACACUUUUUGAUUGAUGAAUGCAGUACCAGGCAGAUGAAUUAUAUUAGCCUUCUGUUUAACAAAAAGAAACAGGUAAUUUUUCAGCACUGGGACAGGACAGUUACUGGUCAUUUUAACAAAUGUGACUGUUAGUUUUAGUAAUCUCUGGAACAAAACUUGAAACAAGCUGGAAAAAAAGUAUUAAAGAAUUCACUUAAGUGUGAAUUCCUACGUCAGGAGUUAGCUGUUGCAUUUCAGGCGCACCACAUUGCAGUUGAACAGUAGGGACCAAGUGCAGCUGCAAUUGUCAGUACUUCUGUCAUUUGCAGCUGCAUCUGCUGUGCUGUGUUCACUGAUGCUUCAGUAGCUCGUUUUGGGUAGCUGACUAUGAUUGUCUUUCCUUAUUCAUCUGACUUUGGAAGGCUAACUUAACACAAUCCUCACUCUUACACCCAAAUUCAUACUCUGCUUUGCUAUUCUCACUGCAUGCUUUAGGGACACGCUUUUUCCUGGGGUGUCAGAAGACUCCUGCCAUCCCUUUUGAAUUGCAUGGUGUGACAGCUGAUGGUUUGGUUACAGUCAGUGCCACCCUCCUGCAGGUCAGGACAAGAUGUGUAUGCUUUGACUCUCUCAGCAGAUGGAGCAGUGAGUCAGCUUGAAGCAUUGCGAGGCCGAAGCAAAGGCUUUGACAUCUGUGUGCAGAGGGGCUAAAGAACAAUAUCCAUUGCAGCUCUAGAGGGAAGGUUGGCCUCCUGGUUAUAGGGGCAGAUUGCAGUCCCAACUGAGAAAUACAUGAGGAUCGUUACAGUAUGGCCUGUUCAUACAGUAUUGGAUGAAUUUUAUAUAUAAUACACGGAGAAAAUUUAUAAUCUUAGAUCUUUUGGGAGGUUGUAGGGUGUUAGGAUAUAAGAAUGUCCUCAGUGAUUGGGUGUGAAUAUGAGGAAACUAACUGUUGUGUUUGUCGUAUGAUGCCCUUUUUUGUUUUGUUUUGUUUUCUUCUCCAUUGUGGGGAAGGAUGGUGUUUGCCAGGUUUAUCUGGUCCCUCUUCUGCCUUGUCUUCUCUGUGCCAUGACAUCUGUGCCUGCCCUCCUAAUGUAAGGUGCUAACUGUAAAGGAUGAAAAUUCAGUCUCUUAAAAGACAGGCCUUCCCUGCAGUGUAAUACUGUAAUGAACUAAAAUACAGGUUCUCUAAUUUUAUAUGACA